UCGUCCAAUCCACGCACGAAUCACUCGUCGUUGUUAGCUGCUUAAGCUCCUCAAUUUCUCCGUCCAUUUUCAUUCUCAAUCUCUUUCCCUUUUUCUUUCAUAUGAAUCCAGCUCCUACUCACUUUCUCUCUGCAUCCCAUCUCUCGCUCUUUACGUGUGUCGUCGUUUUUUUCUUUUCUUGGUCUUAUCGGAGUUGAUCAGAUGGCCACCUUGUUUCAGGGAGUGAGUGCUGCAACGGCUUUCUCGACCUCCAAGUUCCUCGACUCCAGCAAAUUCCAGCUCCCUUCUCGAAGAUCCCUCUCAGAGAGGAACGCAAGCUUUCUUGUUGUGAGAUCUGAUGGAAGGGUUGUCCCACGUUCGAACGCGAGAGGGCGCAGGGCAGUGCAGUUGAUUACUAAUGCAGCUAAACCCGACAGUUUUGCGGCUUCUACGGCUUCAAAACCCGGGCAUGAACUUUUACUUGUUAAAGCCCUAAGAGAAGACUUGGAAAGAGAAAUGGAUAGGGAUCACCAUGUGUGUGUUAUGGGUGAGGAUGUGGGUCAUCAUGGAGGGCAAUUCAAGGUGACCAAAGGCCUGGCGGAAAAGUAUAGGGAUCUCAGGGUUCUUGACACCCAUAUUGCUGAGAAAUCCUUCACAGGUAUGGGUAUUGGAGCUGCCAUGACUGGUCUGAGGCCAAUUAUUGAGGGUAUGAGCAUGGGAUUUCUCCUUUUAGCCUUUAACCAGAUUUCCAACAACUGUGGCAUGCUCCACUAUACAUCCGGUGUCCAGUUUAAAAUUCCAGUUGUUAUUUGUAGACCCAGUGGAUCAGUUGGUCGGGUUGCACAUUCCCAUCGUCUUGAGUCAUAUUUUCAACCAAUCCCUAGAAUCCAAAUGGUGGCAUGCUCGACUCCAUAUAAUGCGAAGGGCUUGAUGAAAGUUGCAAUUCGAAGUGACAACCCGGUGAUACUUUUCAAGCACGUUCUACUUUACGACCUCAAGGAAAGAAUUCCAGAUGAAGAAUAUAUAUGUUCUCUAGAAGAAGGUGAGAUAGUUAGGCCUGGGGAGCAUGUCACUAUUUUAACCUACUCCUGGAAGAGGCAUCAUGUAAUGCAGGCAGCUAAAACUUUGGUUAAUAAGGGUUAUGAUCUUGAAGUAAUUCAUAUCAGAUCACUGAAACCUUUUGAUCUCUACACGAUUGGGAAUUCGGAAAAGACGCAUCGAGUGUUGAUACUAGAAGAGUGCAUGCGGACUGGAGGGAUUGGUGCUAGCUUGACGGCUGCUAUUGCUGAGAAUUUCCAUGAUUAUUUGGAUGCCCCGAUUGUAUAUCUAUAUUCGCUAUUGGGAAUUUGGACCUCUCAAAUUCACCGCCCUAAAAUCUACUAUUUGCAAGAAUAA